ACCUUUCUUUGACCGAAGGGUUAUUAAGUUGAAGGUUGUGGAAUUGUAAUUAAUAAAUAGCGCUACUAGUGGGGAUAUUCGAAAAGUAAAAUAAGAUCAUCAGUUGUUUAGCGUACUUUGACCAGUCACGUUGUUGCUUCAGUAUCUAAUUUGUUUAAAUUAUUGAAAUGGAAAUAGGAAAAGUUUUAGUGUCUGAUGCAGUAGAUGCAUCUUGUGUCGAUCUUUUGCGAAAGUUUUCGAUUCAGGUUGACUGCAAAUAUAAACUUCCCAAAGAGAAACUCAUUGCAGAAAUCCAGGUCAGUAUAAAAGAAUUUAUAUAUCUAAUAGAUUUAACUGCUGCAACUGCUAAAAACAUAAUCGUAAUGAACACUCCUGGAGGAAACGCCAUUAGCGCUUGUGAGCUGACUUGUUCGCUCAUCACAACCUUGGCUCGAAACGUUGUAGCAGGCGCAGCUUCCCUGAAGGCGGGCAGAUGGGACCGAAAACUCUACUCCGGUCAUGAACUUUAUGGCAAAACUCUGGCGAUUUUGGGUUUAGGAAGGAUCGGCAGAGAAGUAGCUAUCAGGAUGCAAGCAUGGGGGAUGAGGACCAUCGGCUAUGAUCCAAUUGUACCUGCUGAAGAUGCGAAAAAAUUCAAUGUGGAAGCUUUGGAUCUAGAACAAAUAUGGCCCCAAGCAGAUUAUAUAACAGUACACACACCACUGAUACCUGAAACUAGGAAUCUGAUAUGCGAAAAAGUACUCAACAAAUGUAAGAAAGGAGUAAAAAUAAUAAAUGUAGCCAGAGGAGGAAUCAUCAACGAGAAGGACUUGCUGAGUGCAAUUAAAUCAGGUCACUGCGGUGGAGCAGCAUUGGACGUGUUUGAGCAGGAACCGCCAAAAGAUCCCGUUACAUUAGAGCUCAUUCAACAAGAGAAGGUUGUCGCAACCCCCCACUUGGGAGCAAGUACGGAGGAAGCUCAGAUCAGGGUAGCUGUGGAGAUUGCUGAGCAGAUAAUUGCUCUCACGGGAAGAAGUAAAGAUUUCACAGCCACUCCUGGCGUCGUGAACAGGAGUGUGCUGAAAAAUAUCAAAAAUAUUGACUGAAAUAAAACUUAUAUGAGAAUUCACCAUUAA